AUGGGAGUUCCAGCGUUCUACCGGUGGCUACUAGCGGAGAAGUACCCGAUGGUGGUGGUCGACGUCAUAGAGGAAGAGGCCGUCGAUAUCGACGACGUCAAGAUCCCUGUCGACACGUCGAAACCAAACCCUAACAAGCUCGAGUUUGACAAUCUCUAUCUCGACAUGAACGGCAUCAUCCAUCCUUGCUUUCACCCUGAAGAUCGACCAGCUCCGACAACUUUUGAUGAGGUUUUCCAGUGCAUGUUUGACUACAUUGACAGGCUUUUUAUCAUGAUACGACCUCGGAAGCUUUUAUACAUGGCGAUUGAUGGUGUUGCACCAAGGGCCAAAAUGAACCAGCAGCGUUCUAGACGUUUUAGAGCAGCUAAAGAUGCAGCAGAUGCGGCAGCAGAAGAGGAGCGGUUGCGGCAAGAGUUUGAGAGUGAAGGCCGAAAGCUUCCUCCGAAACAGGAUUCACAAGUUUGUGACUCUAAUGUCAUUACUCCUGGGACUGAAUUUAUGGCUGUAUUAUCCACUGCAUUGCAGUAUUACAUUCAUCUGAGACUAAAUUAUGAUCCUGGGUGGAGGCAGAUUAAAGUUAUUCUUUCUGAUGCAAACGUUCCUGGUGAAGGGGAGCACAAAAUUAUGUCAUACAUCCGACUACAACGAAAUCUUCCUGGUUAUAACCCUAAUACUCGUCACUGUUUGUAUGGUUUGGAUGCUGACUUAAUCAUGUUAGCUUUGGCUACACAUGAAGUGCAUUUUUCGAUAUUGAGGGAGGUUGUGUUCAAUCCGAGCCAGCAGGAUAAGUGCUUUCUGUGUGGACAAUUGGGCCAUUUAGCAGCAGACUGCCAAGGAAAUGCAAAAAGGAAAUCUGGUCAGUUUGAUGAGAAAAGUGAUGAUGUGGCUGUUGCAAAAAAACCUUACCAGUUUCUGCACAUCUGGACUCUUCGAGAGUAUCUAGAAUACGAGUUUAGAUUUCCUAAUCCCCCUUUUGAGGUUGAUUUUGAGCACAUAGUUGAUGAUUUCAUCUUCAUGUGUUUCUUUGUCGGCAAUGAUUUCCUUCCUCAUAUGCCGACAUUGGAAAUUCGCGAGGGUGCAAUAAACUUGCUAAUGACUGUCUAUAAGAAGGAAUUUAGGGCGAUGGGUGGAUAUUUGACAAAUGGAUGCACGCUGAAUUUGAGCAGAGUCGAACACUUUAUUCAGGCAGUUGGGUCAUAUGAGGAUAGGAUAUUUCAAAAAAGAGCCCGCUUGCACCAGCGUCAUGCAGAUAGAAUCAAGCGUGAUAAAGCUCAAGCAAAGCGGGGUGAUGAUGUAGAUCCGCAAGUUCGCCCCAACCAUAUAGUUCCCAUUAAUCGUUAUCAGGGUUCAAGACUUGCUUCUGGCGCUUCUCCCUCACCUUAUCAACAAAAUGGAUCUUCUGUCAGAAAAGACAACCAAAUUGGACAAGCUACGACUGCAAUGUCUGGACUAGACAUUAAGGCCAAAGAAAAUAGGAAAAAGAGCAGCAAGAAAACAAAUUCCCGAGCGCAAAAAGUUGCACGGAUAUCUUCUGAAGGUGCAUCAGUGGGUGCUGCUAUUGUCGAGGCUGAGAAUAUUCUGGAAAUAGAAGAAAGGGAAAAUGAAGAUGUACAGGAAAAUAAAGAGGACCUGAAAGCAAAGCUCAAGGAAGUACUCCGAGAGAAGUCUGAUCUUUUCAAGUCUGAGAAUCCAGAAGAAGAUAAGGUUAAACUGGGAGAGCCAGGAUGGAAACAGAGGUACUAUGAAGAAAAGUUUGCUGCAGCCUCUCCUGAAGAAAUAGAAUCAACUCGGAGAGAUGUUGUUUUGAAGUAUACAGAAGGCUUAUGUUGGGUUAUGCACUAUUACUAUGAAGGUGUCUGUUCAUGGCAAUGGUUUUACCCCUAUCAUUAUGCACCUUUUGCUUCUGACCUGAAGGGUUUGAGUCAGUUGGAAAUUAGCUUCGAACUUGGUUCACCUUUUAAACCAUUCAGUCAGUUAAUGGGUGUUUUUCCUGCUGCAAGUUCCCAUGCACUUCCUAUCCAUUACAGGAAAUUGAUGACCGAUCCAAACUCGCCUAUUAUUGAUUUCUAUCCAACUGACUUUGAGGUGGACAUGAAUGGGAAGAGGUUUGCUUGGCAGGGUAUUGCGAAACUACCUUUUAUUGACGAGGGUCGCCUACUUGAUGAGAUCAAAAAAUUAGAGCAUACUUUAACGGAAGAAGAGGCACGGCGAAACAGUGUGUUGUUUGACAUGCUUUUUAUUAACUUAUGUCACCCUCUUUCGCCUUGUAUAUUUUCUCUCAACAACCAAUUCUCGCAACUUUCAGACAAAGAAAGAGACAACAUUAAAGUGAAAAUUGAUCCUGUUUCCAGUGGUGGGAUGAACGGAUAUCUAUCCCUUUGUAAUGGGGAUCCAUGUCCUCCAGUUUUUAGAUCUCCUGUCGAGGGAAUGAAAGAUAUAAUGGACAAUCAAGUCAUAUGUUCUAUAUACAAACUCCCGGAUGCACAUAAGCACUUUGCUCGGCCGCUUCCAGGGGUUAUCUUCCCAGAAAAGACUGUUACCAGUGGUGAUUUGAAGCUCCCGCCAGUUUUGUGGCAUGAAGACACUGGCCGGAGGCCAAUGGAAAAUGGAAGACAAAACCCCCCGGGAGCUAUUUCAGGUCGACAACUUGGUGAAGUGGCCCAUCGGCUUGUGAAGAACAGCCUUCAGAUGCACAGAGAACGUAACAUUGAUGAGUCAAGAUAUCCUCCUCAUCCAUAUCCUAAUGGUAGACAUCAUCAGCUGAACCAGAGACCUCACCAUGGAGCUAGCCACAUGCAAUGGCAACCUACUGCAGGAGUCCAAGUAAAUUACAAUCAGGCACGUUUCUUGUCAGCUUCUGCAUCAAGACAUUCACAUUUUGAAAGAAAUCAAUACAACAGAUCUCAUAAUAAUAAUCCCCACUAUGGAAGAAGAGACCGACAACAAGACAUUAGAAGCGUUAGAAGAGUUGGCCCAGCGCAGAGCUACCCUCAAAGUAACGCAAGAGUUGGCCCUGCGCAGAGCUACCAACAAAGUAACGGGUAUACUGGUCAUCCUCCACCACCACCCAUUGUACAAAUACCGGUAGCAGGUCCUCAUGUUCAGCCAGUUGUACAAAUACCUGUAGCUGGGCCAUAUGUCCAGAAUGAACCUCGGGUUUAUGGGGGAUAUCAAGGUUAUGGAGCCCAGCAAUGGCAGCCUUGGCAUGGUUCUGGGAGAGGAGCACCAUUAAGCGCUCAGCUUUCUCCUGUAGGUAGAAGUUAUGGUAAUAAUAAUAAUCAACAAGGAAAUAAUCGGUUUUCAUCUUUUUUGAAUAGAAGCGGAUCCAGCCGAGGACCUCCGGCAAGACAUGGACAUGGUCGAUUCUAAUAACAUUGUUAGCAUUGUUCAUCUUGUUGUGUUGUAUCAUCCCAUCUUAGUUUCAUCAUCAUCGAUUUAGUACAUUUAUUUGUAUCCUAGAUCCCAGCUUCAGUGUAAUUGCAUAACAGAGAUAGUCCUUCAGAGAUUGUACUUUAUUUUUCUUCAUGUUAAUCUACUGACCUAUGAUAGUAGGGGGAGAAAACAAAUGUAUUUGUUUAUUACUUGUUUA